GGCUCUCCCAGGAACAUUGGGCUAACCGCAGUUUGGACAGAGCCCCAAGGCAAUUCUAAUGUUCAGUCUGAAUGCAGAGCUGAUGUGGCUAAUGUCCCACCUGGAGUCAGCUGGAGAAAAUAAAUGAUCCCAGAAACCACGUGUCAUAGAGAACUAUCUCUGCUGAGCAGAGAAACUGAAGCUUUGUGGAAAAGUUAACAGUCCCUUUAAAAGCACAACUAAGGAAGUUCAGGAGAGGUUCUCCUAAUUCCCCUUUGUGGAGCUGAUUGGAUUUCGCGAGAAGUUCCAAGGGAAAAAAAUAGCAGGAUAUUGGUUAGAAAAAAGCUUCAAACCCAGGAGGAAAGCAGCAAGCUUGAACACACAAGUUCUGAGCCUGGGACCACUGAUUCAGCAUUCUUAUACCUCAAUUUUACACACAAUUGUUUGCAAGCUUCCGUGGAACACUGGAAAUUACAAAGUAAGUGACCAGAUAUUUUAUUUGGACCCCAAACAUGGAUCAAGGAAAGAACCCUAACAGACUGUACAUCCAAACAAUGCUGGUACUUCUUGUACUUUCUCCAUUGGUUCUGGGCAUAUCUCUGCAGAAAACCACCAGCUCAGAUGCAGAUCAUGUUCUACAAGGAUGGGUCCCAAAUGCUUGUACGCUAGUUAUAUGUGCACCCACUGAGAGAGGCCCAAAAGGAGAAAAGGGGGAUCAAGGAUUACCAGGAACUCAAGAACUACAGGGUCCAGCCAGACCACCAGCCAUUCCUGGACCAAAAGGAGAUAAAGGCUCAAUAGGUGAAAAGGGACCAAGAGGAGAGAGUAAUCUUCCAGAGCUUGAACAACUUAAAACACAAGUAAGGGAUUUGCAAUCAGAAUUGGAUGGUUUGAAAGCUACUAUCACCAAAACUCAAAAAGUUCUCCUUAUCCCCAGCGGUGUGAUUGUCGGUGAAAAGGUAUUCAAAACAGAUGUCUCCGGAGGUGAUUACGAUACUGGGAUAUCAAGCUGCUCACACCUGGGUGGCAAGCUUGCAUCACCAACGAAUGCUGCAGAGAACAAUGCCCUCCAACAAAUAGUGAUAUGGCACAACAAAAGAGCAAUUCUUGGAAUCAACGACAUGGCGACAGAAGGCAAGUUUGAGUAUCUGAAUGGUGAAGUCAUUGGGUACUCAAACUGGGCACAAGGAGAGCCAAAUAAUCUUGGCAAUGAACACUGUGUAGAAAUGCAUCUGGAUGGCAAAUGGCACGACAGAGCUUGCUCACUUGAAUGGUUAAUCAUUUGUGAAUUCUAAAAUCGGGAGUUGGGGAGGGGGAUAUCUUGUUUUUGCCAAAAACAUGCUGGUGAAGGUACUGUUUAUUCUAAUUGUAUCAAAUUUCAGUCCCCCUCUAGCUUGAACAGUAAGUUUCACAGGUGGUUUUAAAGAAGUUACUUUUCCAUAGCUCACUAUAUAUAUAGCAGAUUUGCUAUGAGGUAUAUGGUAUUUCAUAAAGUCUGUCUGAUUAUAAAAAAUAUAGAUUAUGAGCAAGCAGGCAGUCAGGGAAGCAGUGUGACUUCCAAGACAGCAUCCAUCCCAAGGAAGAAGAAAAACUACACUGUGGUCCCUACGCACCUUUUCAGCCAGUCCUAAAAAUGCAGAACUGCUGUUUCUUUCUAGCCAAAUUAAAUUUGUUCCUUUCAGCCCUCAUCUGCACAAGAGGGUAUAACAAAGGCUACUGCAGAGCAUACCUUGGUGUAGUCUUCAAAGGCACUCAAGGAACCAGUGACUCUAGUUUUGGGAUCCAGACAUGUUACUUUUUGUACCAGCACACCUCCUUGCUGAAAGAAGAAUCUGCAAUGCAGCUCCUGUCAGUUCAUUUCAGGUGGCCAGCAGUAUUUGCAGCCAGCAACCAACAAAGCAGAGAUCUGGUGACAAGGGGCUCGGGUUUCCACCUGAUCAUGUAACGCUGCUGGCUCUGAGCUAUUUGUUGCUUGGAUGUAGACUGGGCUCUUCUGGAACCAGCUGUCUCUUGCUGUCUGCUUCCCUCCAGACCAACAGCAGUCUGAAACCUCAGCCCAUCAGGAACAGGACCCUGUUUUCACAAUCUUGGGUUUAUACAGAAGCCUACAAAGAGAAGAAUAAGCAAAAUAGCAUGAUCUGGUAUCACAGUCUCUAUCACGGUGGCAACUUGCAUUGUCAAAGCAGGCGGUGUAAGGCAGAGAGGGAGAGGCCAUGCUAUUAAGCUGCCUGCCAGCUGUAAUCCCAGAUGUUUCAAAUUAUUAAAA